AUGGAUGGUGCUCCUACAGGUUCGGUAGGUUUCGCACAGGAAAAUGGUUGGAUGAACGGAGAGGUUUUUUUGAAAUGGAUGAAACAUUUCAUCAAAUUUGCAAAACCAACUGCGGAAAAGAGGGUGCUGCUCCUCUUGGAUGGCCAUAGCAGCCAUAAAAACCUGGAUGUUUUGUUGCUCGCGAAGGAGUCUGGAGUUGUGAUGUUCUGUUUCCCACCACAUUGCACCCACAGGGUGCAGCCACUUGAUGUCAGCUUCUACGGACCACUAACCACAUUUUACAACCAAGAGUUAAAUAACUGGUUGAGAAACCACCCAGGACGAACUGUCACUCAUUUUCAGGUAACUAACAUAUUUAAUGAAGCUUAUGUUAAAGCGGCUACUGCUAAAAAUGCCCAAAAUGGAUAUUCUGCCACGGGAAUAUUUCCGUAUAAUCCAGAUAUAUUCCCAGACCAUAUGUUUGCUCCUGCAGAGGUCACUAAUGUUCCUGAGAGAGAAGAACACUCCAUAAAUGUGACAGAUGAUGGCGACCAAUCUGGAUCUGGUGAAGUAGGAGCUGGAACCUCUCAUGAAGAACUUCCUAAAGAUAUUGACAAAGAUAUCAUGAAUAUUUCAGUUGAAGAUAUAUUACCGUUGCCAGUUACUACACAAACUACUCGAAAGGUCAACAAAAGAAGAGGAAAGUACGGAUUUUUGAAUAGUACACCCGAAAUAAAAGCAGUAAAAGAUCUAGUCGCAGAAAAGGCUGCCGAAGCUUUGCGAAAAUCUGCAAAGGCUGCUAAGAGACGUGUUCUUGUUGAAGGAGAUGUACAGAACAAAAAUGAAAUUCCUGACAAACCCUUGAGAAGAUCUGGUAGAGCUGUUCAGAAACAUAUUGUUGUAGGAAAUGAAGAUGCGGAAGAAAGUAGCGAAGAAGAUCCUUUUGCCGGAGAGGAUGCCGAGAAUGAUGUAUCGUGUAUAUACUGCAAUGAUUUGUAUUCUCGUUCCCGUUCAAAUGAAUUGUGGGUGCAAUGCCAAGAAUGUAGGCAGUGGUGCCACGCAGAGUGUGCUGGUGCAGAAAAAAAAUUUAAAACAUUCAUUUGUGAUAUUUGUAAAGCCUAA